CCUUGCGCGCCGCCACGUGGGCUCGGCCUGCCGCGAUGGGGAAGAAGAGCAAGCGGGAGAAGAAGGGCAAAGGGGCCGAGAAGACGGCCGCCAAGAUGGAGAGGAAGGUCUCCAAGCGCGCCAGGAAAGAGGAGGAGGAUCUUGAAGCUCUCAUUGCUGAGUUCCAAACCCUGGAUGCUAAAAAGACGCAGGUGGUAGAGACCAGCUGCCCGCCACCUUCGCCCAGACUCAACGCAUCUUUGUCUGCACAUCCCGAGAAAGAUGAGCUAAUUCUGUUUGGAGGUGAAUAUUUCAAUGGCCAAAAAACCUUCAUCUACAACGAGCUCUUCGUUUACAACAUUCGGAAGAACGGCUGGGCAAAAAUCGACAUCCCGAACCCGCCUCCUCGGCGCUGUGGGCAUCAGGCUGUGAUGGUCGCUCAGGGAGGUGGGCAACUCUGGGUGUUUGGUGGUGAGUUCGCUUCCCCGGAUGGGGAGCAGUUCUACCACUACAAAGACCUUUGGGUCCUCCAUUUGGCCAGCAAGACGUGGGAACAGAUCAAGGCCACCGGGGGACCUUCUGGCCGCAGCGGACAUCGCAUGGCGGUGUGCAAGAGGCAGCUGAUGGUGUUUGGAGGGUUCCACGAAAGCGCCAGAGAUUACAUCUACUACAAUGACGCUUAUACCUUUAAUCUGGACACCUUCACGUGGGUCAAGCUGGCUCCUUCGGGGAUGGCACCGUCACGGUCCGGCUGCCAGCUGGCCGCCACUCCUGAAGGCAACGUUCUCCUCUACGGAGGCUACUCCAAACAGAGAAUUAAAAAAGAUGUCGACAAAGGCACUCUCCAUACGGACACGUUCCUGUUGAAGGCCGAAGGCUCAGACAAAUGGACGUGGACUCGACUUACCCCUUGUGGCGUGAAGCCUCCACCCCGGUCUGGCUUCUCGGUGGCUCUGGGCCCCAACAACCGUUCCCUUCUCUUCGGUGGCGUCCACGAUGAGGAAGAGGAGGAGCGUCUCGAGGGCGAUUUCUUCAACGAUAUGUAUUUCUACGACCUGACGAAGAACCGCUGGUUCCCCGGACAGCUGAAGGGACCAAAGUCCGAGAAGAAGAAAAGGAGGCGAGGGCAGGGGGCAGAACACUCCCCCGCAACUUCGCCCGAGGGAUCUGGAGAAACCCUUCCUGGCCCUGUGGAGAUCGUAAAGGAGGUGGUGGCGGAAGACGGGACCGUCAUGACCAUUAAGGAGACAAUCUCAUGCCCCGCGGUGGAGCGGCAGAGCUCCGAAUCGGAAGGGGAAGAAGGGGACGCAACGGGAGACGAGGCCUCCGGCCCACAAGUGGAGCCGUGCCCCCGCUCAAACGCCAUGCUGGCGGUGAAGCACGGGGUGCUGUACGUCUACGGGGGGAUGUUUGAGGUGGGAGACCGCCAGUUCACGCUGAACGACCUCUACGCCCUCGACCUUCACAAGAUGGAAGAAUGGAAGGUGCUGGUGGAGAUGGACCCCAAAACACAAGAGUGGCUUGAAGAAUCGGAGUCUGAGGAGGGAGAAGACGCGGAGGGUGCUGAGGGAGGAGAGGAGGAGGAAGACGACAGCGAGGAGGAGGAGGGGAGUGACGAGGAAGACGAAGAAGACGAGGAGCAUCCGCCUCUCCAACAAGAUGAAAAGUAUGAAGACUAUCUCUCCAGGACGGAGCAGUACUGGGUGAAACUGGCCCGCCGGCACCUGGGGCCUGAUGCCAAAGAGAAGAAGGUGGUAAAAGUGGGCCACGCCAUGGCAAAGACUUUCUUUGAAGGGUCUGCAUAGAGGAGGACGGUGGGAACUGGGCAUGCGCUCAGAUCUGUGCAUGCAUCCAGGACCCAAGGCCAGCACUGUGCUUUCCUUCCCCUUUCACACAGCGGAAGACAGAAAUACGGAAGGGGGGGGGUGCCCUGGUCCUUGCGUGCCUGAUAACCGCCAGCAUGUCAUAGUUUGGAAGGCCUCUGAAGGGUGUGGUGGCCGUCCCAGAGCUGGUUUUCACAAAUGGCAAAACUGGAUGGUAAAAGUUUCUUUUUACUAGACUGCUGUUGCGGAGCAUGGUGCGUUUGAAUGCUUCUUUGGGUAUGUGUGUGGGGUGGCUCCACAGAAAACUAGUUUGCUAACUUUCUAAGUGCGGGGAAGAGUUGUUUCCCCCUCCCUGUGAAAAGAUCUUUGCAAUGCACGAUUUGGCACCCACAAUCCAAAGGGCACACUCCAAAGAAAACAGGAGCGUUAAUACGAUUCAGUUGCAGAGCGGGCUUUCGAGUCUGCAACAGCUUCAUUUGUGGGGCUUACACACACCACACCACACACACACACACCAGCUGGGCUUUCCCAGGACAGUGAGCAAGUAUGUGUGGGGAGAGCGUCUUCCUUAGUCUGGUGGGAAGUGGGGCAGAGAUGUGGGAGACAACUUGGAUGGAACUGGUGACUUUGAGGAACCGGGCCUUGAAGUCUGUGGUGAUUCUAGUGGGAAGCCAUUCGGAUAGCCCAGGUUUUAAAUGCAUGAGAACUUCUGGUGUUUUCUGCUUCCUCGGCCCAGGAGUCAAAGGAUUUCACAAAUAAAAGUUCCUUGCCUUCA